AGAUCAUGACCCCUGAGAUCAUGAUCUGAGCCAAAACCAAGAGUUGGGCCCUUAACCGACUGCUCCACCCAGGCGCCCCUCUGGGACAUCUGCUCUCAUGAGUCUUCCCUCGCUCUGUGUCCCGUAUCCCACUGAAAGAUCACCCCAACCCUCUCUCUUCCUGGGGGCUGGACACACGGAAAUGAUUCAGAUCCCAGCCCCGGAGGGGCCCGGAAUCGCCCUCAGUCCCCUCAGGCUUCGCACCCAGGCGGGUUGCAUCCUGCCCCUUGGAGCCUCUGCAAAUUCUCAGAAAAGGCUGUUGUAGCACAAGCAUGUGUGGGCACCAGGAGAAGGGGCUCCCCGAGGGUCUAGGGAGCGAGCCGGGGCUUCCGUAGCCGUCCCCCUUCUUCCCCAGGCCUUCCAGGGAAAACGAGGAGCCUCUCGCACCUUUGAGGCUGUUCCGGGGUGCCUGGCCAAAGAGUAGACGCAAGGGAAACUCAGGGGAAACCGAGAGGGCCCACGGGAGUCACUCUGGUAGUCAAGGAACACGAAAUAGAUCAGAAGCUAGUUGAAAUAUUUUUUUUUUUGAAAGAUUAAAUUUGCUGAUUCAUGGCAGAUACACAGAGAGGCAGACACUCAGGCAGAGGGAGAAGCAGGCUCCUUGCAGGGAGCCCGACGUGGGACUCGAUCCGGGGACCCCGGGGUCACGCCCUGAGCCCAAGGCAGACGCCCAACCGCUGAGCCACCCGGGUGCCCUUGAAAUAUUUUUUGAAUCAAAAAUCCAGCUGGCUCCACUUUCCGCUGUGUUCCCGGCUUGAGCUCUCGAGAUGGCGGGUUUUCCUUUGCUUUGAGGACUUGCCAGCUCGUGAAUUUUAGGGGGUGGUGCUUGAGAUCCAGACCUUUGGAUCUGGGACUAACCUGCCUGCCGCGCGCCGUAGGAUUUGGCCGUGACUUAACAAAAUAAUGAGUUCUCUGCCGCGCGGUGUCCCGAGCUCCACGGAGCCUGUGCCUUGCUGGCAGUGAAUGGACUCCACCCGCCUCCCGCGGAGUAAGACCCUGUGGCCCUAAUGACCAAGAACGGGCUCUAAGUGGGUGACCCCAAGCCUGCAGGAUGGACCAGGCCGUGUCUCUUCCUCCAGGAGGGAGCUGGUGGUUUCUGUAAGCUCCGUCCUGGCCCCCCCGCCCCCCUCCCCCCCGCAGGUGGCACUUCCUUCAGGCAGACAGGAACGUGCCCACGCCAGGCGCUCCCGUGGGGCUUGCGGGCCUCUGGGUCCUGAGCAACCGGACGUGUCCCGGGGGGUUCCGGGGGCUUGUUCCCGGUGGGUGCGUGGGAGGAGUUUGAGGGCAGUGGGUCGUUGGCAGCGUGCCCUUUGGGGUGCCCACAGGAGUCGGUCCGUUAGCGCCACUGAACGCUUCCCACGCGCCGGGUGAGCGCGGGUCCGCGGGCACCAGAGAUCACCUGUCGUCUCACCCGCGGGAGUGAGGACGGUCAUGUCCGUUUUACGGACAAGGCGCCCGGGAAGCUGCUGAGAAGCAAAUUGCCCAAGUGGCUCCGAGUGUUGCAUCGGGCGCUGGAGCUGGAGCUUGACCCCGAAGCCCACGCUCGGAGCCACGCGCCAUCCCGCGCCUGUCCCUGUCCUGCUCCCAGACUAACCUGUCUCGCUUCUCCCCCCUGCUGCGGCCACUCCCUGACCCCCAGAAGAGGAGGACUGGAGAGAGCACGACGACGAGCAGGAAGAGGAGGCCGCAGAGGAGGCAGGAGGUGAGGCUGAGACGGAGGAGACCAACGCGGAAGAUGGCCCAGUGGAGGAGUCCAAACCAAAGCCCAGGCCAUUCAUGCCCAACCUGGUGCCACCCAAGAUCCCAGAUGGAGAGAGAGUAGACUUUGACGACAUCCACCGGAAGCGCAUGGAGAAGGACCUGAACGAACUGCAGACGCUGAUCGAGGCUCACUUUGAGAACAGGAAGAAAGAGGAGGAGGAGCUGAUUUCACUCAAAGACAGGAUUGAGAAGCGGCGGGCCGAGCGGGCCGAGCAGCAGCGCAUCCGGAACGAGCGGGAGAAGGAGCGUCAGACUCGCCUGGCUGAGGAGAGAGCCCGACGAGAGGAGGAGGAGAACAGGAGGAAGGCGGAGGACGAGGCCCGGAAGAAGAAGGCGUUGUCCAACAUGAUGCACUUUGGGGGCUACAUCCAGAAGACCGAGCGGAAAAGUGGGAAGAGGCAGACGGAGCGGGAAAAGAAGAAGAAGAUUCUGGCUGAGAGGAGGAAGGUGCUGGCCAUCGACCACCUGAACGAGGACCAGCUGAGGGAGAAGGCCAAGGAACUGUGGCAGAGCAUCUACAACCUGGAGGCCGAGAAGUUCGACCUGCAGGAGAAGUUCAAGCAGCAGAAAUACGAAAUCAAUGUUCUCCGGAACAGAAUCAAUGAUAACCAGAAAGUCUCCAAGACCCGCGGGAAGGCCAAGGUCACCGGGCGCUGGAAGUAGGGGCAGCAGUUGCCUUGACCAAAGAUCCUCGCCGGCGCCCCGUCCCGCUCGCCCCCAGUCCCGGGGCCCCCGUCCAUCCAUCCAUCCAUCCAUCCAGGCAGGCUGGUGUCUGGAAACCAGGAGCUGGCCCGGCCGGAAGCUGCUGUGCGCCUGUCCCCCCACGUGCCCACGCAUGCACCCCAAGUACCACGCAUGCACCCCACGUGCCACGCAUGCCCAUAAUAAAAGCCAACACACACUG